UUGGUCUCUUCUCAGUCGAUGACGCAUUAAAAUCCUAGAUGGUGGUUAAAUGUUCCUAAGGAAUUUUUAUACACGUGCAUUGAACGUUAUUUGCUACUAACCAAGAUAGUUGUCUUAUUUUAUAUGUGUUUAUUUAUGAAGAAUUUAAAUUACUACUGUAAAUAAUGUCGUUUUUUAUAAGAAAUAAUCAAGGGAAGAAGUCUCUUAAAAGAAAGAUAAGUCAAAAUGUACCAACACAAAAUGGUAUAAAUAAUGGUGUUAAUAGUAAAAAAAAAAGUGCUAAAAAGACAUCGAAAUUCGAUGAUAAUGAAAGCAUUGCUAGCAGUGAUGAAGAAUUCAUUGAACAAAAUCGAAGAGAGGAAGAUGGGAAUUUCUCGAAUGCAUCUGAGGAUGAGCACGAAACUGCUCAAGAGAAACGUUUGAGGUUAGCUAAGAAGUAUUUAGCUGAAAUAGAAGAAGAAGAGAAAGAUAAGGCAGAGUUUGAAAAAAGUGCAGUAUCUCGAAGACUACGAGAAGAAUAUUUAGAAGAAAAAGGACGAUUAAGGAAAAGGAUAGCUGAUAAUUAUACAGGACAUGAGAAUAUUAUUGAAUUGAAAUGUAAAGAUCAUAAAGAUUCUGUAACAUGUAUAUGUCUAUCGAAUGACGGCGAAAAUCUCUACAGUGGCUCUAAAGAUGGCAGUUUAGUUAAAUGGUCUUUGGUUAAUAAAACCAAAGUGAACUCAAUAUGUGGGAAGAGAAAAACUCCGAACGGAAUAAAAUCAGUGCUUUGUAUGGCUGUUAGUUCAGAUAAAAAAUUUUUAGUCGUUGGAGAUAGUGGAUCUAAAGACAUCAAAGUGUUUAAUGGUAAUGAUCUAAAGCAUGUAAAAAAUUUAUCCGGCCAUCGGGGUGCUGUAACUGGUUUGGCAUUUCGUCGAGAUACUCACAUUUUAUAUUCAGCAUCUGAAGAUAGAAGUGUUAAAGUGUGGAAUUUGGAUGAAAUGGCUUAUGUUGAGUCACUGUUCGGCCAUCAAAGUGCUAUUACAUCAAUAGAUGCAUUAACCCGUGAACGAGCGAUAACAAGUGGCGGAUUCGACAGAUCUAUUCGUCUUUGGAAAAUCGUCGAAGAAUCUCAACUGAUAUUUAAUGGCCACGAAAAUAGCAUAGACGCCGUAAAAUUCAUAAAUGAAGACACGUUUCUUAGUUGUGGUGAUGAUGGUCAAUUAUGUGUAUGGAGUGUUAUGAAGAAAAAACCAUUAUGUUCUGUUACACGUGCUCACGGUACAGAUGAAACUAAUGGACAAGCAAUGUGGAUUUCGAGUAUUGCUACAUUAUUAAAUACAGAUUUAGUUGCCUCAGGUUCCAGAGAUGGCAAAGUACGAUUAUGGAAGUGUGGUGAUUCAUUUAAAUCAUUGACAUUAUUAUUUGAAGUAGAAAUCGUGGGAUUUGUUAAUUCAAUGGCGUUUACACAAGAUGGUAAAAAUCUUGUUGUUGGAAUAGGUCAAGAGCAUAAACUGGGUCGAUGGUGGCGAAUACCAGAAGCAAAAAAUAAAAUAAUUGUUAUAUCACUUCUGCAGAAAAAUGAGACUAAUGCAGCAGUCAGAUUGCAAGGAUACAGUUAUAUUCAUUCAGGAUAA